UCUCUCCUCUCCUUUCGUCUUCACCGCAGCAAAUGUCAAAAACCCUCUCUUAUUAGAACCCAACUCAAAAAAAUUUCGAAUCAAGUACUAAAAAUGGCUGAACCAUCUUCAAGUAACACAAUCUUGGAAGAAAGGAAAGAUGUCAUGGUUUCACCUUUUGGUGAUACUAAACCAACUUUAAGAACAGCCUAUUUCUUGAAACCUACCGCAACCUCCAUGGAGGAACCUGACCUUCCUUCAGACUCUAUCUCUCCACUACCACCACAAACAUCGCAACGCAAUAACUUUCCACUGAAGGUCUCAUCCAUAACUUGGACACGCCCCCAAGAAAAUUGGAUCACAUGGGUAUCUCGCAUGCAAUCUAAGCACCAAGCUGCUUGGAAGAAAUCCGCUACUAUUACUUUAGAGGAUGUGAUUGUUUUAGGGGGUUACUCUGUUUUGGGAUCCCCUGUUUCAUGCUCUGUUGAAAACAGAGAAUGGAAGGUAAUUGAAGAGAAGUUGAUGGAUGCUAGAAAGGAAGUGAUAAGAAGUAGAGCCAGGAAAGCAUGCCAGGGUUCAUGGAUGAAGAUGUUCAAUAACGGUGGGAGUGAAAUCGAACAUGAAGCAUUUCUUGCUUUGUGGUUAUCAAGAUUAGUGUUUCAAAAUUCAUCUCACGUAAUUAGGAAAGAGGUUUUCCCUAUAGCAAUCCGCCUAGCAAGAGGGAUUCCAAUAGCUCUUGCACCAGCAGUUCUCGCUAGUAUUUACAGGGAUUUGAGUCAACUGAAAAGGGCAAUAGUUGCGGGUAAUAUUGAAUCUAGACUUGAACUUUUCUCGCCGUUUCAGCUGGUGCAACUUUGGGCCUGGGAGAGAUUUCCGAUCUUGCAGCCAAAGCCUGAUGUGCUCAACUUGGGUGAUCCAAGAUCAGCUCGAUGGGACAAAGCCAAAAUUUCCGAAGUCGAGAAUGUGAGGUUGGCUUUGGAUUCGGCCAAGGAGAGUUUUCUUUGGCGGCCAUAUGCCAAAACUUUGCAGAAUUGGAGUUUCCCCAAGUUUUAUAGAGAAAACGAAGAGCUGGUGAUGGCUGAUUCAGGAUUCGAUAGGCAUGUGGAGUCAUUUAUUCGUUGCUUGAGGGUCUCCAAGAUUUUUGGGUUAGACUACAUGGAAAACUAUUUUCCGCAUCGAGUCGCAAUGCAAUUUGGAAUGGAUCAGGAUCUUCCUGGUCGUGUUACUCUUGAUAAGACGAGAGAAAUUGCAUGGAUGAACUAUAGCAAGCCUACUAGUGAUACAAAAUUUCAUAUCCCAUCACGGCUCUUUGAAUCAGAUGUUACCACUCGAUACUUGAAGUGGUGGAAACAAAUGGUUUUAUGCCAGAACAAGAAGGUGAGUGGUUCUGCCCAACAGCAAAGAAGUGCAAAGAGAUCAAAACCGGAUUUGCAGACUUCAAAGGGAAAGCAAACUAACAUUGAUCCUGAUGUCCCGCCGCCUGGUUUUCGUCCCAAAAGUAACAUGAACCAAUCAAGAAUUUCAGCUGAGAAAGACAGACCAGCAGCUGUGGAAAUGUUUACUGGUAACAAUCAGCAGAGUUUUGGCAAUGAUGUAAUUGCUAAUGGUGAGUUGCCUUGUCAAUGUCAAAGUAAUUUUGCUUCAAAUACACAUGAUGGAACUGACAGGAAUAUGGGACCAUCGUCACAAUCAGCACAAAAGAUAUCAGGUAGCAAGGCUACCACAGGGGCAUCAGUAAGAGCCAUGGAUCAGAUGGAAGUUGCGCAAGAGAAUAGAGCAGGCAAUAUGACUUCUUAUAGAGUAGGCAUCAAUGGCGAAGCAGGAGAAGCUAAUGCUUACAAACUUGAUAUAGCAGAGCUCGAAAACUGGAUUGGAUUGCUUGAAAGAAAGGUUGCUAAACUGAAAGCAGCAAGAAGACUUGGGGCACAGGUUUGAUUAAACCUACACAAGAAUGCUGAUCUUCUCCAACUACUUUUUCAUUUAAUUGCGUUUCUUAUUCCAUAUCACUGACGCAUUGUUAAAUUGGAUGAGAUCAAAGCAUCAACUAUUUUGACGGCUCAUGUUUUAGGCUUGCUAGAGAAGAACGUCUUUGAUAUUAGAAAUUAUAUGAAUGCUAGCUAUAGUCUAGCAUGUCACUAGGCAAUUGUAUCAAGCUAUUAGAGACCUAAUUUCACCGGAAAAGCCAUGGUAGUCUAGUCCGGUCAGUCACUACGGAUGAACUAUAUGAACGCAUGAACUUCGAUCA